GCCAGUAAAGGUUUCCAUUCGCUUUGAAAUAAACGUUAAGCCCAAAUCAUCAGGGGGAAGGCAGGGAGUAGGAUUGCUAGCAAUUAGCAUCCAACUGGUCUGACUCCACGAUAGCUUAGAAUAGCUUAAAUUCCGAAGGUGAGAAAAUGGAGAAUAUUUCACAACCGCCGGUACAGCCGGCAGAUGCAGCGGCCGUGCACCCGGGAAUAGAACCCAUAUCGUACCUGCUGGGGACAUGGAAAGGCCAAGGAGAGGGUGGCUUUCCCACCAUCAAUUCUUUCUCCUACGGCGAAGAGCUCCGUUUCACCCACCAUUCUUCCAGGCCCGUCAUUGCUUACACCCAGAAGACUUGGAAACUCAACUCCGGGGAACCUAUGCACGCGGAGAGCGGAUUCUGGCGCCCCAAACCCGACGGUUCCAUCGAAGUUGUCAUUGCGCAAAGCACUGGUCUUGCUGAAGUCCUGAAAGGGACAUACAACACAGAAGAGAAAGUCAUAAAGCUUCAAAGUGAACUUGUGGGCAAUGCCUCUAAGGUGAAAGAGAUAACCCGAGUUUUUCGGUUGAUUGGUGGAGAUCUAUCUUAUGAGGUUGAGAUGGCUACAAAUUCUACCAGUCUUCAACCACAUCUAAGAGCCUCACUCAAGAAAUUAUGACCCAGUGGUGUUACGAAAAGCAAGGUAGGAGCUGGAGCUUAUAACUUCUAUGAACCCAGUCUUUAACAGAAUCUGAUCUUGUAAUUCACAAUGUAUAUCUAUAAGUGGUUCCUUGUUUCUACCAAGACCUGCCAAGAAUUAUUUCAUAUAGCUUUGGACAUUGUUCUCUCUCUCUCUCUCUCUGAUCUCUGAACCUGGUUUUUAGCACGCCUGGAAUUCCCAGUUCACCUUUCAGGUAUUAGGGAUUUCCUCCAGUGGCUGUAUCGUCCCUGGUUCUAGGCUUCUAGCCAACAUACAGUCUGUUAUCCCAAGUUCAUGGCUCCCAUGGUCCAAGUCCACCAUAGAGAGAGAGAGAGAGAGAGAGAGCAACUGUUGCUUAUAGCGCUCUAGCUGCACGCAUCUCUAUAUAAAUAAGCAAAGUUCAGUUAAGGCUC